UUCGGGACAGCGCCCCCCCCCGGGAAAGCGCCCCACCCCCUGGCACUUCCCCCUUGGGCUUCCCGGGACAGGGACCCCCCAGCCCCCUCCAAUCCCGGGUCCCCCCGGCCCCUUCCGGCAGGGACCCCUGGGCCCUUUCCUCUGCUCCCCCCCCCUCCUGGGACAGCGGCCCCCCCCCAGGCACUUCCCCUACUCCUUUCUCUCUGCUUCCUGGUACAGCUCCCUACCCCCACCCCUCCUCUGCCUCUGCCCCCCUCCCAAACUCCCCCCCCACCUUCCCCUUAGACAGCCCCUCCAUCCCCUUUCCCUCAGAUUCCCUCCCCCCCCCCACACACACACACCCUGGGCUCUCUGGUCGCCCUUCCCCUGUGUGAUCCCUGCCCCUGGAGGUCUCUCCCGUCCCAUCCCCCCACGGGUUCCCCCUUCCUUGACCAGGACAUCCUGGUCCCUCAUUUCCCCUCCCCUGCCUGAGGUCUCCCAGCCCCCUGUGCCUUCCCCUGGAUACUACCCUCCCCUCAUUGGCCCUGGGCGAUCUGUGACCUCCCCCGCAGUCUGCCUACCCCCCCAUUAUCUGCCCCCCCCAUUGCACCUCUCUCUCCCCGCCCCCAUUGCCUAGGUUUCCCCUCCCCGCCAAGCGGCGGAUCUUACCACCCGGUCCCGAUGCAGGCCGGCGGGGGUGCCGAGGGGGAGCUGGGAGGCGAGGGGGAGCGGGAGCCCCUGAACCCGGAGGCGGCGGACACACUGGGGGUCUCCCCCACCUACCGGGAGUUUGUGCGGCACAGCUACCUGGAGCUGAUGGGUGCCAACCAGCACUCGCUGCACGCCCUCAACUGGCGGCGUCUCUACCUCAGCCGGGCUAAGCUCAAGGCCUCGAGUCGCACCUCAGCCCUGCUCUCCGGCUUCGCCAUGGUGGCGAUGGUGGAGGUGCAGCUGGAGGACUAUGACUACCCGCCGGGGCUGCUGAUCGCCUUCAGUGCCUGCACGACGGUGCUGGUGGCCGUGCACCUCUUUGCCCUCAUGGUCAGCACCUGCAUCCUGCCUAACAUCGAGGCCGUCAGCAACAUCCACAACCUCAACUCGGUCAACGAGUCGCCCCACGAGCGCAUGCACCGCUACAUCGAGCUGGCCUGGGGCUUCUCCACCGCCCUGGGCAUCUUCCUCUUCCUCACCGAGGUGGUGCUCAUCUGCUGGGUCAAGUUCAUGCCCGUGGCUGGCGGCGGCUGGGACGCCGCCGUGGCCUCCACCGUCAUCAUGGUGCCGGUGGGGGUGGUGUUCGUGGUGUUCGCCCUCCACUUCUACCGCUCGCUGGUGAGCCACAAGACCGACCGGCAUCAGCAGGAGCUGGAGGAACUCAGCAAGAUUAAGUACCAGCUGGACGGAGAGGCUACCGCGGUGCAAACUGUGUGAGGCCGGAUCCGGCUCCUGACCGCAGGGGGUGCCUGGAGCUGGCCGGUUCCCCCGGCUG